UUGAACCCGGACCGCACGGACUCCGGCUGCGAGCGCUGGGUCGGUUUAAUGGCCAAGGGAGGAGCAGAGCUGAGCUUCAUCACCCGGACAGAAAGCAUGAGCGGGGGCUACGAUGUCGAGCAGUUCGUCGAGACCCCAGACCCCGACCUGGUCUGCACCAUCUGCCGCGGGGUCCUGCGCUGUCCGGUCAGAGUGGCGUGUAACCACGUGUUCUGCAAGAGCUGCAUCCUGCAGUGGCUGAAGAGGCAGGAGAGCUGUCCGUGCUGCAGGAAGCCGGUCACCGCCAGCAUGAUGUUCGUGAUGUACAAGCUGAGCAAGUCCAUCAGCCGCUUGAGAGUGAAGUGUGGCAACGAGGCCAGCGGCUGCGCGGCCACCUUCCCCCUGGCGGACCAGCACUGCCACCGCUCCGGCUGCCCCUUCGAGCCGUCAGCCUGCCCGCACGAGGGCUGCGGCGCCCAGCUCCCAGAUGGGGUCAGGCUCUCCUGCCACCCUGCACUGGAAGAAGCAGUCAGAAAAUGGAUGGGCGGAUUUUUCUGA